GUAUGCUAACUCAAGACUGACCAGACUAGUUUUAUUCAAUCUGUCAGAAGUGAAACUACGCAUCAGUGACGUUUACUGAAUUUUCUAUUUUGCAACGAUCAGAAAACGAAUAAGAAGCCAUGAAACUGUGUCUUCUCGUUAGUUUUCUUUUUAUUAUUCUACAAUUAUCAUAUAUUGAUGCACGUAGAAAGAGCUCUUCAUCAGGAUCAUUACUCAGAAGAGGAAGUAGUAGCAGUACUAAAGGAAAUUCAAGGCCUUCAUCUGGAGGAUCACAUGGAUCUGCUCCUCCAUCUCCCGGCUGGAAUGUUCCAAAACAACAACCAUCUGUUCAAAAACCAUCAGCACCAGUGAAUGAGCACGUUUCAAAAACAAGUUCUUCCAAUGUGCAAUCUUCUAAUUGGAAACCAUCUGGAGGUUAUAAUACACAAACUGGUACUCCAUAUGGCAACGUUGGUUCUAAUCAACACAGUCCGAGUCAAGGUUACAAUCCAUCUGUAGGUAGUUAUCAACACAACACUCAUGCAGGAGCGCCUUAUAAUCCAAGCCAUGCACCAGGAAACACUGGUUACAACUCUUAUGGAAGCCCUCCAGGCUAUCAUGCACCAAGCUAUCAUCCACCAGCAGGACACAGUCCAGGUUAUGGAGCUCCACCAGCUUAUAACCCAUACAAUCCUUCUUACGGACAUUCUUACACUCCUGGAGCUGGUUAUAAUCCUCCCGUUGGUCAUGCACCUCAGACAAUUCUUGUUCAAGGCUCUUCCAGACCUGGAAUCGGUCAAUUGGCAAAAGAAGCAUUAGUUUUUGCUGGAGUAAGUGCUGGAGUUAAUGCAGUUGCAAACAGAAUUAUUCCAGGAGGAAUUUAUGGUGGCCAUGGAAACUAUGGAGGUUCAUCUUCUAGCGGUGCAGCUAAUGUACCUGCUGUGACACAUACUCAAAUCACUUAUAAUAAUUAUUACAAUAAUGGAACUGCUCCAGCAUCAGAAGUGCCACCAGCUGCUGGGGCCCCAGCAGCACCUCUUCCUCCGUCAAUUGCAGCUUCUGCACCAGCACCAGCAUCAGCUGGACCGGAACCAAGUCCUGUUGUACCAAUUGAAAGUGCUUCCAAUGCUAAUCCUCCUGCAAAUCAACCCACUCCUGCUCCAUCUUCAGCACCAGCUAAUGAAGAUGCCAAUUUUCCAAGUCCCACAGGACAAAUUGUUACCAAAACUGAUAUUCAAAAAUUAACUGAAGACUUAUUCACCAAAGAUACCAAUAAUGCGUUCAAACAUAUCACGAUGAACCUUCAAGGUCAAAAAAUGGAUGACAGUACUAAAGAUGACGCUCCAGAACCUCUUCUAACUGUUAAAGAUGAAGCUUAUCAAAUCCCAACAGUUAAAGCUGUUAUUGCACUUCAUGAUAAUUAUGAACUCGAUGUGAAAGUUAAGGAAACUGUGACUCCAGAAGAGAGAAAGGAAGAAAGCGAUUUACUAGAUCUUAUGCUUGAGACUGACAUAAUGAAAACAACUAUGAAAUUUUUGGCUGACAAAGGAUAUAUUCCUUAUGAUGAAUAUGAAUUUAAAGAUACAUUGAAGAGAGUUUGGUUCUCACAAUUUAAGAGAAUUGAUAGUGAACCUGGAAGCUCUGGUUUUGAAACAGUAUUUUUGGCAGAGAAAUUUGAUAGUGAAAUCAUUGGAUUGCAUAAUUGGAUUUAUUAUGCUCGACAAGAAGCUGAGAAGAAAUUAAACUACCUUGGAUACAUUAAACAAACCUCACUUGGAGAUAAAGGAGCAAUUGUUAAAUUGAGGUCGAGUUUAAAUGAUAUAAUUCAACCAGUUACUACAAUAUUUGUUGGAACAUCACCUGAGUUGGAGAUGGCAUUAUAUACAAUAUGUUUCUACACACGUCCUAAUUAUCAGUGUCCAAUAAAGCUGGCAAAUAAUGAAUUUAUGAUCAUUGCCAACCGCGUUAACUACUUUGGCAAAGAUAUUUUAGUCUCUGCAUAUCCGGAGAUUUAAUUUAAAUAAACAUCCUACACUUCAUAAAAGCAAUAUGCUUUUAAUAAACAAAUAUGUUCUAUCCAUAAGGUGCUGAAAACUAUUGUAUAUUUAAAAAACGUAGAAUAUAAAAUAACUACAUACCUUAGUGAGAUUGUGUUGAUUUUUAUAUAACGGAUCAAUAAAUAACAGUGGUAUUACCACUGGUCUUCCAUGUGCACAUCGAUUUGGUAGAUCAGUUUCAAUCCAAUAAGAUACUAAAUCAUUACAUUGUUUUAAAUUCAAUGGGUCGCCGAAUCUAAUUGCCCCUAGAAAGCCAAAAAUAAUUUGAAAAAUUUAAAUAAACUGUUCAGUUAAAAUACCAAAAAUAAACAGUAAAAUACCAUGACAAGCUUCGGAAGCAAUCGCAUUAUGUAUUGUUAACGGAAGACGAUUUACUCCAAUAUUAUUACAUAAUUUUUCCGUAAUUUCACUCAACAAUUCACGUACUGAAUGUGUUAAAUCAAUACAGUUUUUAUAUUUUUUUCCAGAUAAACAUUUAGGAAUUGUUUUAACAAAUAAUGUAGCAUAAUCAUGACUUUUAUAAUAACUAUUGUUGGCGAUAUUACCAUCACUGAUAGUAAAAUUGAUACCAAAAUUUUCUAAUAAGCUACGAUUGAUUUGUAAUAAAUUUGCAUAAUUAAUUGGUAAUUCUGUUAUUUUUAUUGAUUGUUUCAAUGUGACUGAUUUUAAUUUAUUAUUUUCAGUUUUAUAAUCUGAAAAAUAAUAAUAAGGAAUGAAGUAGUGAAAAUAAUAGAUAUAUAUAUAUAACAAUGUUAUAAAUAGUGAGUUAUUUUUUACCGUCUAUUAAAUUCUCAUAACGGAUUCUUUCAUCCAUAGCAUGUUGGUCGAUUAAUAUCAACAAUUUUUUGUUAUUAUAUUCAGCAAUGCAGGCAAUAAAUUCCAAAUUUACUUGAUUCAAUACCUGAAACAACGAGAUCGUACUUUUAACUACUUAGUUGUAAUUCUAUUUUUUACGUGUAUUUGAAUGCUUUAAGUAAACUUGUUUUUACCUUGA